AAUCCAUGUGCGGAGUCCAUACCAGCGCAAUGGCGUCCAACCCCCAACGGGGGGAGAUUCUGCUCAGGGAACUGCAGGGGGAUUCCCGAAGUCUUCCGUUUCCUGAGAAUGUGAGUGCUGUUCAAAAAUUAGACUUUUCAGAUACGAUGGUGCAGCAGAAAUUGGAUGAUAUCAAGGAUCGAAUUAAGAGAGAAAUAAGGAAAGAACUGAAAAUCAAAGAGGGAGCUGAAAAUCUGAGGAAAGUCACAAGAGAUAAAAAAAGUUUGUCUUAUGUAGACAACAUUUUGAAAAAAUCAAAUAAAACAUUAGAAGAACUACAUCACAAGCUGCAGGAAUUAAAUGCACAUAUUGUUGUGUCAGAUCCAGAAGAUAUUACAGAUUGCCCAAGGACUCCAGAUAUUCCAAAUAGUGACCCUCGUUGUUCUACUAGCAACAAUAGAUUGAAGGCUCCCUUCGUCAGCGGCGGCCGCGUCCAGGUGCGGAGUCCAUACCGGAGUGCAAUGGCGUCCAACCCCCAACGGGGGGAGAUUCUGCUCAGGGAACUGCAGGGGGAUUCCCGAAGUCUUCCGUUUUCUGAGAAUGUGAGUGCUGUUCAAAAAUUAGACUUUUCAGAUACAAUGGUGCAGCAGAAAUUGGAUGAUAUCAAGGAUCGAAUUAAGAGAGAAAUAAGGAAAGAACUGAAAAUCAAAGAAGGAGCUGAAAAUCUGAGGAAAGUCACAAGAGAUAAAAAAAGUUUGUCUUAUGUAGACAACAUUUUGAAAAAAUCAAAUAAAACAUUAGAAGAACUACAUCACAAGCUGCAGGAAUUAAAUGCACAUAUUGUUGUGUCAGAUCCAGAAGAUAUUACAGAUUGCCCAAGGACUCCAGAUAUUCCAAAUAGUGACCCUCGUUGUUCUACUAGCAACAAUAGAUUGAAGGCUCCCUUCGUCAGCGGCGGCCGCGUCCAGGUGCGGAGUCCAUACCGGAGUGCAAUGGCGUCCAACCCCCAACGGGGGGAGAUUCUGCUCAGGGAACUGCAGGGGGAUUCCCGAAGUCUUCCGUUUUCUGAGAAUGUGAGUGCUGUUCAAAAAUUAGACUUUUCAGAUACAAUGGUGCAGCAGAAAUUGGAUGAUAUCAAGGAUCGAAUUAAGAGAGAAAUAAGGAAAGAACUGAAAAUCAAAGAGGGAGCUGAAAAUCUGAGGAAAGUCACAAGAGAUAAAAAAAGUUUGUCUUAUGUAGACAACAUUUUGAAAAAAUCAAAUAAAAAAUUAGAAGAACUACAUCACAAGCUGCAGGAAUUAAAUGCACAUAUUGUUGUAUCAGAUCCAGAAGAUAUUACCGAUUGCCCAAUGACUCGCAGAUCGCAGCAAAGGUUUCAGUUUAAUCUGCAAGAUUUCAGGUGUUGUGCUGUCUUGGGAAGAGGACGGUUUGGAAAGGUGCUUUUAGCUGAAUAUAAACACACAAAUGAGAUGUUUGCUAUAAAAGCCCUAAAGAAAGGAGAUAUUGUGGCUCGACAUCAAGUAGACAUCCUGAUGUGUGAAAAAAGAAUUUUUGAGACUGUGAAUAGCGUAAGGCAUCCCUUUUUGACGAACCUUUUUGCAUGUUUCCAAACCAAAGAGCAUGUUUGCUUUGUAAUGGAAUAUGCUGCCGGUGGGGACCUAAGGAUGCACAUUAAUACUGGUGUCUUUUCUGAACCAACAGCUGUAUUUUAUGCUGCUUGUGUAGUUCUUGGGUUGCAGUAUUUACAUGAACACAAAAUUGCUCAUAGAGAUUUGAAAUUGGAAAACUUAUUGCUAGAUACAGAGGGCUUUGUGAAAAUUGCUGAUUUUGGUCUUUGCAAAGAAGGAAUGGGAUACAGAGAUAGAACAAGCACAUUUUGUGGCACUCCUCUAUAUCUUGCCCCAGAAGUAUUAACAGAAAUUUCCUAUACAAGGGCUGUAGAUUGGUGGGGCCUUGGCGUGCUUAUAUAUCAAAUGCUUGUUGGUGACUAUCCCUUUCUUGGUGAUGACGAAGAGAAACUUUUUGACAGUAUUGUAAAUGACGAAGUAAACUAUCCAAGGUUCUUAUCUACAGAAGCCAUUUCUAUAAUGAGAAGGCUGUUAAGAAGAAAGCCUGAGCGGCGCCUUGGGGCUAGCAAGAAAGAUGCAGAAGAUGUAAAAAAGCACCCAUUUUUCCGGCUAAUUGAUUGGAGCGCUCUGAUGGACAAAAAAGUAAAGCCACCAUUUAUACCCACCAUAAGAGGACGAGAAGCUGUUAGCAAUUUCCAUGAUGAAUUUACCUCAGAAGCACCUAUUCUGACUCCACCUCGAGGACGAAGGAUACUUUCGGAAGAGGAGCAGGAAAUGUUCAGAGAUUUUGACUACACUGCUGAUUGGUGUUAAGUUGCUAGACACUGCGAAACCAAGCUGACUGACUCACAAGAAGACCUCUUAAAAAUAGCAAGCCUUCAUUUGCUCUCUGUGCCACCAAUAGCUUCUGAGUUUUGUUUUGUUUUUUUUUUUUUAAUUGAAACACGUGAAGAUUUGUUUAAAAGUACCAUUCUAAUACUUCUUCAAAAGUGGCUUCUCAUUGUACUUCAGCGUAAAUAUGAGCACCGGGAACAGUUUCAUGGAGUUUAAGUUGAGUGAACAUCGGCCAUGAAAAUCCAUCACAAAUACUUUUGGAUCAAUAGUCUAUUUUAAAAAAGAAAGGAAAAAACCACUUGUUUGCAGUCCCUAGCUUUGCCAUAUGCCCGCCUUAAGUGGACGGAAAAUUAAUCACUUAACUAUGUCUUACAAAAAGAAAAAAAGGGC